AUGGCAAUAAAGAUUGAUUUAAUGAAGGCUUAUGAUAGACUUAGUUGGAGUUUUUUGCAGAGAUCGCUGGAGGAAAUUAGACUCCCGCAACAUCUGAUAGAGCUUAUCAUGAAAUGUGUUCAGAGCACAAAUAUAAAUGUUCUCUGGAAUGGGGGUAGGACGAAAGCAUUUAGGCCUACAAGAUGUAUUAGACAAGGUGAUCCACUGUCACCUUAUCUUUUUGUUAUUGCAAUGGAGAAAUUGUCACACAUUAUAGCUACUGCAACUAGUGGUGGUUUAUGGAAGCCAAUUCGGGUGGGUGUUAAGGGGCCUCAAAUUUCUCAUCUAGUCUUUGCAGAUGAUCUCAUGAUUUUCAUGGAGGCCAGUGAGGAGCAGUUGGAUGUAUUAAUGAAGUGCUUAUGUUUGUUUGAAGAAAUUUUUGGACAAAAACUUAGUGUAGAUAAAACAACUAUUUUCUUUUCCAGAAAAACAAGUGAUGUGGUGGCUGAUAGGAUAUCUCAACGUAGUGGAUUUAGAAGAGUUAAAAAUAUGGGUCGUUAUUUGGGGUCUAUGAUGCAGCAUGGGAGAGCAACUAGAGACUUAUAUGAGAGUAUUGUGGACAAAGUAAGGUUUAAACUUAAUUCUUGGCAGCAACAGUGUCUAUCACAGAAAUUGAAAAAAUCCAGAGAGGCUUCAUUUGGGGAGAUGGUGAGAAUAGUAGGAAGUACCAUGGCAUCAGUUGGAAAUCAUAGAUGGUUAACGCCUCAAUCAUCUCUGCAAGAAGUUGCAUCUAAUUGGGAUCAAAAUAUAGAUACAAACAGGAAGGUGGCUGAUAUGAUAACAGUGGAAGGGGAGUGGGACUAUGUGGAGUUAAAACGCUGGCUUCCACAAAAUAUAAUUAAUGUAUUUAAGAAUACUUUGCCUUCGAAUAGUCUUGAUGGCCCUGACAGGAAGAUGUGGGAUCUUUUGGGUGAAAGCGUGGUAUCUGUAAAGGCUCUUUAUAAUAUUCUUAGUGAGCUGAGAGGUGUGGGGGGAAAUGAAUCAAAAAUUUGGAAAAAUAUCUGGGAAUGGGAGGGGCCACAGAAAGUUAAAAUUUUUAUGUGGAAAGUGGUUCAUCAUGGGUUAUUAACUAUGAAUAAAGUUGCUCAAUGGUCUGGGGGGAAUGAUAUGUGCCCCAUUUGUAACUCUGAACGUGAGACAAUGUUGCAUGCUUUGAGGGACUGUUUGGAGACGAAUCAGCUUUGGUUAAGUCUGGUUUACAUUGAUGGAAAUUAUGCUUUUUAUCAGCAAGGUUUGGAUGAGUGGCUUUCAAAAAAUAUAAUUGUGGGAACUAAUAUUUCUUUGUUUUUCUUGACUUGCUGGAAAGUGUGGCAAUGGAGAAUUGAGAAGAUGCGUGGCACUAGUAUCCCUCCUUUCAGGUCGAGAGAGGUUCUAAUUCAUAAGCUUGUUAAUGAUGUUGAGAUGGCUGUGGGAGAGGAAAUGAGCAUUUAG